AUGAUUGAUCAACGCAUUUUUGAGAAUCUUCAGACGAAGAUUGACGAGGAGACCACCGUCCGUGAUGAGCUGCAUGAAAUUGUCCAGACACUUGCCAGAAGAGGCCGUUCCACACAGGCUAUCCUGUCUCGGGCUCAUUCCACACCUGCUGAUCAGUUGAAGCCCGUCCUUGACGAUGUUACCAAGGAGAUUCUUGCCCAAAAGCAGGAGGUUGCUCGCCUGAAGGCCGUCGCAGAUCAACACCCCUUCUACAAGUACAACGGGCUGUGGACCCGUGAGCUGCAGAACUUGGUUGCCUCUAUUGAGCUUUGCGCAUGGCUUGGAGGUCUGCAAGAGCACAAGGGACCUAGCUCGGCAUCGUUCAUGACCAUCGAGGACGUGGGCAAGUUCCUGGAGAUUCCUGUCAACCUCAAGGGGGAGGAUGCCUUCCACCUGACCAUUGAGGAGUACCUCCUGGCAUUAAUCGCCAUGGUCGAGGAACUGUCUCGCUUGGCUGUCAACUCGGUCACUCUGGGUGAUUACACCCGCCCCAUGCAGAUCGGCAACUUCAUCAAGGAGCUGUUCGCUGGAUUCCAGCUCUUGAACUUGAAGAAUGAUAUCCUGCGCAAGCGCAGCGAUGGUAUCAAGUACAGCGUCAAGAAGGUCGAGGAUGUGGUCUACGACCUAUCCCUGCGGAAUUUGGUUCCCAAGGGUGAUCCCUCUGCUUAA